UUCCCCCAAGUUUGAGGACUGCGCUGGAAGGACUGCACCGGCCAAGGUGUCGAGCUGGAAGGACUGCACCGGCCAAGGUCGAGCCACAACCGACGACCCUUCACAAAGUGAACGCUCAUCGACACCAAGCUACUGUUAUCAGACAGGAUUCACGGGUUGUUACAGCCUGUCAGUUACCAUUCACCAUCACUAUCGAUAUCGCACGUACCAGGCAAGAUGAAGCGACGAGCUAUCGACGAACUCGUUUACGAGCACAUGUUCCCUCGCCCAAAGCCGACAGAUCCUCAGAAUUGGGCCAAAUUUCUGGAACGACACCUACUCACAGAGGUACGACAAGAAACGGCUUGCUUCUAUGGCUCCCUAGAUACCCGAGAGGCCCAGUAUCCCGGCCUCGACUACUCAUAUCCACCCCAUCGAAUGCGCCUUUCCCGCUUCACAUGGCACAGGCGGCUCUUCCGGGCUUUCGACACUCUCAAACUGACGGAGUCGGAGAUUGCUGGGUUAACACACUGGGAAGGGACGAGAUGGGCAAAGGAGCGGUUCGAGAAGGAGCAGAAUAUCAAGAUUAGGGACACCACCGGUGAUUGCAUUCAAGAUUGGGUUGACCCAACCGAUACGCGCCCCGAGAUGUCGUCACUGCCGGCGCGAGAAGCCGUAUUCUACGAGUUUGAUGAGGCUGAGGAGAAUGAAGGCUCAGACGACCCCGACCAGAUGGACGAGGAUGGCGAGGAGAGCGAUGUUGAGGUUGAAAGCGUAGGCGUGGAGCUGAAUCGGCGUCUACGAGCAGGAUUCAGCGACGAGGAAUACGAGCAGUGGCUGAAGGAGGCAGCGGAAGCCGGGGGGGUGUCCGUAUUGCCUGGCCAAAGCCUGCCCUUGAGCAACGCGGUACCCAGCCAGGCGUCGGUAUAUACAAGAUUGCCCCCGAGCAUCAUCAAUGCCAUACUGCAAGGCAAUGGACUUCGAAACGGCUCUGUAUCUUCCACCCCUCGCCAAGGGGCCUCUACAUCAACCUCCAGCACGGACAGAACCAGGGGCCCAAGUGCUACAUCACCUGUUGAAAAUGGGUCUGCGCAGGUCCUAAACUUGAUGCGUUCUCUUCCACGUAUGAGACUGAUUGGUUCACGUCCCACACAUUCCACGACAAACCGAGCUCCAGGUGAUCGAGUCUUUGGCCAGGGUUCGUCGCGGCCACCAAAUUCGUUUCAACGUUGACGUUGUCGGAGAGUUCAGUGAUUGGCGCCAUGUGGGUUUGGACCGGCGGUUUAAAUAUGGAGUUGGGCGUUGCUUUGAUUGCAUGGAAAUGCUCAGAACUAGCGUUUUAUGUGCACUUGCACUAUGGCAUUUCAUUUUUUUCGUUGCAACAGUUUGCUAGUCAAGAAUGUUGAGCAGCGCAUUAUAUACAUGGGUUAUGGGUCAGGCGUCCGCGAGAAUAGAUGGUUAUUGAGGGCUACAAAGUUUAGCUACAGCGCAAUGAUAUUUAAAUAAUAGAUUUUACC